CUCCGGAGCAUGAGUUCAUCAAAUUAGGGCUCAUGAUGUCACGACCCUGUCGCACGUGCCAGGCCCGCAAGAAAGCCUGCGAUAAAUCCCAUCCUCACUGUAAAACAUGCGAGCUCUCCGGCCGAAAAUGCCUAGGCUACGAGACCGGACGCAAAGUGUUCAUCAACCUCGACUCGAACAACCUGAAAGGCCCCAUCAGACCCCUGAUCAGCCAAGCCAUCUCAACAAGCAAAGACCAACACAUCGCCACCCGCACUCUCCACUCUGAGGCUCGAGACUCAAUUUCCAUCUCCCCCAUAUCCCUGAACACGUUGGACCUGUCAGCGGGGGAGUUCUCGGCUCAUUUCAUUACGCUAUGGACUAACUUCAACUCACGAUACGCAUGCACCCCGGACGCGUGGUCCGUUGGGAUCUCGUCGACAGGGCCCCAGAACAGCGCGUUAGAUCUCGCAUUGAUUGCUCUGGCGACGAUGCGGCUAUCAUGCUCCCCGGAGAGCACAGACAGAGCAUAUCACGUCUUCAGCCUUAGUGCGUAUAGCGCUAGUUUGCAGAUCUUCAGUCGCUUGUUGAAUGACGUAUCUCGUACGGACAAGCCCAAGUCCGUACUGGUUGUCAUAUCAUUAGUCUUUACGCUGUUCGAGGCUGUGCAGCAACGUCCGACCCAGAUAUAUGGAUCCGGUUGGGCGGGUCAUUUAAACGGCGCGUUGGCGCUCAUGCAAAAGCAGGGGCCAGGGGAGUUCCAGCUGGGGGCGACGCAUGAGGCUUUUAGGAAGUUAAGGGAGAUGGCGAUCCUCUAUCUUCUCUCGAGAGGCCAGAGUUCCUUUCUCUCUCGCCGAGAAUGGAUGACCAUCCCUUGGAAGAAGUCCAGAAAGACCCAUCGAGAUCGACUAUAUGACAUCGCUGCGAAAGUCACCUCUGUAUACUCUAUCAUGUCACAGACAACUUCAUCCCAUCAUCAAGUUCAACAUGUGGAUCCAGAUUCAAUUCAACGCUGCCAACAGCUCCACACAGACCUACUCAACUGGCGAAUAGCAUGGUUAAAAUCCGCACACCCCGAAUUUUUACUUUGCUCACCUCAUAAGUCAACCUGUAUCGACUCCCCGGAAAGCAAGUCUUACUUCCCUGAUCCGAAGACCUUCCCAACGAACGAGUUCUCAUAUCUAGUCGCGGAAUGGACGGCUUUGGUCCUACUUUUAAAUAACCUGGUCGCUCAUGUCUCUAGGCCCUCGGUCUCUGAUCGUCUGACCAGCGGGAGGAAUUAUGAAUAUCCAUCUCCUCACUAUGAAGCCCCGGCUCCCUCACUCUCAAUGUCACCGUCGGCAUCAGCAUCUCCCUCUAUAACUCACUCGCCCCAGAACCUCUCCCUUCUCUCCCUCGAAACCAAAUAUCUGCAUUCAUACCUCCACUUCGUCCUCCAAUUACCCUGUUUUGGCUAUUCUAAUUAUCGAUUUGAUUACGAUGAAGCAGGGAUAACAGAGGGACGAUGUCGUUCGCUUCUGCCGAACUGGGUGUUGUCGACUGUGGGACCAGAUAGGACGUCGGACUCACGACACGAAAGCCAAGGGCGUGGGCGAGAUCAGGGAGCCGAAGUAGAUACAACUUGGUGGGCGGGAUUGAGUGAUCGAUUGAAUUUUGGGGUUUUCUGAUCAUGGGGUCUCAGCUCGAAGGCGAUGGGAGGGGGUAGUGACUCGAGAUACUUGACCAGAAUACGUUUUGGAUGUGGUAUUGAUGACCCUUUCUGGAUAGGUAUUAAGUCUUACGAUGGAGUACUUGCCU